AUCUACACUUCCAGAGGGCAGAGAAGCAGUGUUGAGAUUGAGAGAUGUCGACCACCACCACCAUCACCGCCGCCUCGCCGACCACGGCCGGUGGUUCGCGCCCUGCUGCUGCCCGCCCCAACGGCAGCCUUAAGGUGCGCGACUGCUGCCAGGCCUGUGCCAAAUCAAAAGUCCGUUGCACAAAGGAACGCCCGUCAUGCUCUCGCUGUGAGAGUAAAGGCAUCGAGUGCCGGUACUUGCACUGCAAGCGUCCAGGACGGGUGCCAGGGAGUAGUGCACGUCGUGCAGCCUCGCUCUCGACCGACCAAACCAAGAGCCGGGCAGCCGGGACAGCAGAUGCAGGCUAUACCCUCGACCAUGGAAAUUCUCCGUCGCCCUCGCCACACGCCAGCACCACAACAGACCAUGGUACCGCCUCGCUACUCCUAUCGCCUGCAUCUUCGACGACACUCCCGGCCGGGCGGGCACAAUGCAGCACCGGUGCCCACCACCGCGUCGACUCGUUCCAGACGCACAUGGAUGCAUCCGACGCCCUGCCCCCAGACUUCUUCCCACCCUUCAAUCUCGACAAUAGUAGCUCGGCUAAUGGCAUAUGGGACGACUGUCUCGACACGCUCGCCGCUAUCGAUGCGCCCAUGUAUACCGAUCUCAUGGACUGGGACUCCUCUGCUGCGCCCAUGGCGACAGGCCUACCGCUCGACUCUACCUUGGGCCUGGAUAUGCUAGACGGCAGCACUGGCUCUCAAUCGCCGUUUGACCUCUUGGUUCCAUCAACUAGCAACUUUUCCACCGAAUCAAGCUCGCGCGCGUCUUCUUCGGGAUCGUUGAUGUCGUCGGCAUCUUCAAUGCCACCAUUGUUUUCGUCAGCAUCGUCAUCAGAAUCAUCAUUAUCAUCGUCAUCGUCGUCGUCGUCAUCGUCAAGGCACCCAAGUCUACCGAGAGACGUUGUUGCGCUAACAGCCCUACCCGGCGGCCAGUCAUGCAGCCAGCCGGCGCAUCCAGAAGCAGUAAACUCGACCGUCUUAAAAGCGGAUAAGGGGAUUAACUGUAACUGUCUGCACAAGGCACUUGAUUUGUUCAAAACCAUCACUCAAAACCCCUGCUCGGACCCAUCUGUGGUGUCCGGGAACCCCCUGACUCAGCUCAUCCUGGCCAAAAACAAGCAAACGAUUCAGGCCAUGCUUGCUCUGGUCAACUGCAACAACUGCCGCGACGACAAGCUGCUCAUUGUUGUCGCGCUGCUCAUCACGAUGAAGAUGCUGUCAUGGUACGCUUCUGCUGCUGCGCUGACGGGUGGGCCUGGGGUUGGCACUAGCAACGCCAUGGACGGUGUCCCCAUGACUAGCGGGCACGGAAGCCCCGUAUUAGCCACACCAACGGCAACGGGCCGCCACCAGCCUUGUCAUCGACAAGCCAAGCAGCAAGUCUUGCGCGAACUGCAUUCUGUACAACGGUUGAUAACUUCACUCUCGGCCAGACUAAAGGGUCUCAACCCUCACCCUGCUGACUCACUCCCUGCGCAAAGUGAACUAGAGCGCAGUUAUUAUGGCCGCAGGCGCACGAUGCCCACGACGCUCUUUCGGCCAAAUGCCAUGGAUCCGGCACUCAUGCCUCUCUCAGCCCGUACGCUCGAGGCGGUCGAAGUUGACGCCCGUAGUAGUCUCGGCUUUCUAUCCGCAGCCGUGAGGAAUGCGCUCAAGGAGAGUUGAGUCGGUGGUAUCGCCUGCUUCAUCACUUCCGCAUCAAAUGCGGUUUAAUGCGUCGUCUCGGUUUUUCUAUCUUUUUGUUUUCCUUUGUAUACCUUGUUUGCUAGAUUAUACCACAUUUCCUGUUUUUUUGAUGGGAUAUGAUACGCAUUCUCUUUCCAUGCAUACCCUCGUUGGAUCUGUACCGGGUUGUGAUUCUAGGAUACGACGCAGCAGGUAGUGGCAUAAAGAAGUUUUGAUUGGCACGGCAUGCACCUACAUAGGUUGUAGGGCGGAUGGCGCAGGGCAUGGGCGCGGCGCUGCAAGACGUUUAUAUUCAUCGGUCUCUAUGGCCAGUUACCCACUCGUGCAUAGUAGAUAGAGUCAUAGACACGACUGUCAUGGUGGCGGUGAGGUACGUUUCAUGCACAUGUGCGGCACAGAUAGCAAGCCCACACCACCGAC